AUGCGCCCAGACUCACUGCGUAUGCAGAGUAUUUCUUUCGUCGUCCCCUCUACGCCCGCUUCGUCAACUCAUGCGCGAAGCCGUCUGAUUGGUACCGGAAUCGGAAGGAUGCCGCCUCGGCGCGGACCUGUGCCGCGUGCUGUGGGCAGAACACGCGCUGCUGUGGGUAUGACCCCGAGCGCACAGCUCAAUCCAGGCGAUGAGGUUGAGGGUCGUGUCACGCGAUUAGUUCGCUAUGGCGCCUUCGUUGACCUUGGGGCAAAUGGAUCAGGUCUCGUACAUAUCUCCGAGGUCACUGACUCUUUCGUGUCUGACAUAUCUGCGCAUCUCAAGGAAGGAGAUGUCGUUCUCGUUCGUGUGCUUUCAGUAGACGCAAACAAUGGCCGCAUAGCUCUUUCGAUGAGACAGUCGACAGCAGCCAUUCCGUCGGGUUAUGAUCGUGUCAUCGAGCUUGGGGGGGACUGGGGCCAUCCAUGGAACGAUGACGGGCAGGCACAGUAUGCUGAUCUUGGUCCGAGAACGAAGGGACCGGAAGCCUGGGAGCCAGAUCCCGACCUCUUUCGGAAGUGGGACACUCCGAAGGAUAACGAUAAUGCAUAAUACACCUUGGCAUCUCCGCUGUGGAAGAUGGUAGCAACUCUGGACAUUGACAGCUGCUUCUCGAAAUACAUCUUUUGUAACCAGUCGCGCAACGCUGGGCCUCACUCUUGCUGGGGAUCUUUAGAACCGCUGAAGAAGCCACCGAACAUAUUCGAUAGACUGGUUAGAAGUUCUAAUAUGUACUGCAGGUCGUCAAGUUGUGGAGCGGCCAGACCUUUUCCAAGUGCUAUCACUUUGCCGAUAUGUUCCUUGGACUUUGCAUUUCGGGAACGCUGUGCUACGAAUGAAGGAGUUUCCAUGUACCUGUGCAUGGGUUGCGCCAGCCAAGCGCCUCGCUGUUUCGGGAAGAGCGAGAGUGGCGUUGCUUCUUAUGAAAUGGUGUGUCACACUCAAUUUGAGCCGCUAACAUUGCGCAAUCAGACUCAAAUAUAUGAAGAGAGGGUUCAGGAGUCGCGUGCCUGGUUAGAAGGACGACGACUGUCACUGCUCCCCCAUGCCGCGUUGCGGUGUAGUUUACCUUAUCAAACUCAAAGAUCAUAUCCCCAACGCCAAGGACUGAAGACGACCUCUUCCUAGUUCUUCCAUGUCUGCAAUUCCUUUACGUGUAUCUGAGUAAUAAUGUUGCUCGCCAUAGAGACGCAAAUAACAGCGAUAGGGACGUCCCCAGACAGACAGGGCCUGCACAGUCUUACAUAAGCACUACAGGAGUGGUACAGUAUCUAGGUCGAUAAGAACAGCUAUCAUCUACAGCUCACUUCUUUCAGAAGACCCUCUAUGACUUCACUUUGCGUUUGAUGCAACAGUUGCAUGUCGGCGAUUUGCCUCUUUUGAAACUACAGAAAAGCGGCCGCCGUUCUCAUUUUUCAAUGAAGGCUGGCUAGUCUCCGAGGGGGAUUCGCUGGUGAACACCGUUCCAUUGGAAUACUUUUUUUGCAGACAACGACUUAGCCUGGUGUCGCGUCACUGCAGGGAUGUGAUGUUCUCAUAGUAUGUUUGCGUCUUGCUCAACGUUGCGUGGAUGUGUUCUGUGCGCAGUUUGAAACCCGAUUAGUAUCAUGCCUGCAUUUUGGUGCCGACUUUUUGAGUUAUCUGCACCAACAUACUUCUUUCUCGUGCCUCUUUUCCAUCGUGCCUCUAUAAGUUAGCAUCUAAUCAUUCGCCGCGCAGUUUCGGAUAUGGCGGAUCUUCAACCCUCACUUUCUUCCAUGAGAUUUGUGUAAGACGGGAGUUGCAAAGUGCGCAGUUUGAUGCUGUGCUGUGCUAUGUAUAGGACCUCACUUCUUUGUCACCGCUACCCUGUAUGACCAAGCGAUGGCCCACAGCAUUGCAAUAGGUUGCGGCUCUCCCGAUACCAGAACCCAUUACAUUUGUUGCCCUCCUUCCAUCGCAUGUUCUGAUUCACAUUGUACAGUGUUUGCAAGAUUAUAUUCUUUAACGAAAACAUACACAGUGGCCUAUCCAAACCAACUGUUAGAUAAUGGACUGCCGGUGGCUUGUCUGGUUGUAAUCGAAAGGCUCUUGCUCGCUGCCCGCGAUAUUCAAGUAUGAUCCUGUUGGAGAGAUGGAGGCGAUGUUAAAAAUUUAUGCUUCAGUUCUCCAUGAACGGCGGCACCGCUGCUACAAGCGUCAUGUUCACUGUUGUAGAUUAUGGACACAAGAAAAUUAGAGCGGCGGUAAACAGCGGUUGGUUCCACGAUACUUCUCCAGCCAGGCCUUAACCCUAGCGCGGCCUUCAUUGAUG